GUCUGUAAAGGUCUUCCUUAUCCUUCUAAGGCUUCUUCAGAUGUGUGCUUUUUCCAGUUGUUUACCGUGCGGCAUAAAUCCCUCGGUGGGUGAGACCGCGGGCUUGUAGUUGAAAUGUGGGAUUGCGUCCAUCCGAUGAGGAAGGAAGGGAGGGAGGAAGGAAGGACGGAAGGAAGGAAGGCAUUUGAAAUGACCUCAACCUCUGUGCUUUUUCUCUCUCCUACUGUGAAGUAGAGAGCAGAAAGUUCAGGUGGUGAAGCCCCCUCCCUCCAGGUCAUCGGUGAAGGAAAUUCACAGGCCCCAGGAGACGCCUUUAGCCGGCGGGCCAAACGUGCCUACGCCAAUAGCACAAAAGCUUGUCUGUGAGUCUGCUAAAGGUGUUGAGUGGACUGCAGACAUUGUUCCCAGCAUGCAAGUUGCCCCGUCACGCCAUGUGGCGGCCACUGUGCCAACACCAGGAUGGAUCCUGGCUCUUGCUCUUUUUCUACUUCUGCAGGUUGCUACUUACGCCGCUCCCUCCGGAGAUAGCAAACUUGUUCGGACCACUCGAGUAAGGAGACAGAUCCCAGAUGGGGAAGCGUCCUCAGCUUCCUCCUCAGACAACCAGACCAUCCAGCAGCAGCAGCAGCAGCAGCAGCAGCAGCAGCAGCAACCUCUAGUCUUUAACCACGUCUACAACAUCAACGUACCCAUGGAAUCGCUCUGCUCUGUCGACCUUGACGCCUCAGCACCACCAGAGGAUGGCCCACGUGCUGAGCUCGGAUCCAAAGCCCCUGCAGAGGGACCUGCAUUGGACCCAGUUGGACCUACAGAGUACACUGAACAGACACUGGAUGCAGACAGCCAGAUGACCUUCACUCACCGUAUCAACAUCCCAAAAGCGGCGUGCGGAUGUCCGGCAGCUAUCUCCAUCCAACAGCUCGCCACCAGAGUGGAGAUGCUGGAGAGGGAGCUUACAAUGCUCCGAUCUCAGUGUGGAUCCGGUUGCUGUCGGGAGAACCAAGCCAUUGGCCGCUUUGACGACUUCCCAGGAUGCAACGGCCACGGCACCUUCAGCCUGGAGCUGUGCGGCUGCGUAUGCGACCAAGGCUGGACGGGCAAAAACUGCUCGGAGCCCCGUUGCCCCGACGACUGCUCCGGCCAGGGCGUGUGCGUGGAAGGGGAAUGCGUGUGCGACCGAGAUUUCGGCGGGGAAAACUGCUCCGAGCCCCGUUGCCCGGCCGACUGCUCGGGCCGCGGCUUGUGCCUGGACGGGGACUGCGUGUGCGAGGACUCCUUCGCCGGGGAGGACUGCACGGUGGGCAGGUGCGUCAACGACUGCUCGGACCAGGGGCUGUGCGUCAACGGGACGUGCCGCUGCCGACCCGGCUAUGUCGGGGAGGACUGUUCGUUGGUGUACUGCGCCAACAACUGCAGCGAGAAGGGAAUCUGCAAGGAGGGAUUCUGCGUUUGCCAGGAUGGCUUUGCCGGAGAUGACUGCAACUCCGUGGCGCCUGCCAUCAACCUGAAAGUCCGAGGAGUAACAGAUAAGGAUGUGGAACUGGAGUGGGAAGGUUCUGUGGUCCUGACGGAUUUUCUUGUGACCUACACACCAAGCAGCCCGGGAGGUGUCCAACUGGAAAUCCGGCUCCCUGGGAAUAGCACAUCCUGCACAAUCUCAGACCUGAAUGCCGGCAUGGAGUACAACAUCAAUGUGUUUGCCGUCAUUAAUAACAGCAUCAGUGUUCCUGCCACCAUUACUGUCGCAACGUACCUCUCCAAUCCAGCUGGUUUAAUCUUCAAAUCCAUCACUGAGACGUCAGUGGAGGUCCAGUGGCAACCUUCCUACUAUUCCUUUGACGGCUGGGAGAUCAGCUUCAUCCCCAAGGACAACGAUGGCGGGAUGACUGCCCAGCUGCCGAGCACCAUCACGUCCUUUGUGCAAACUGGUCUGAGACCGGGCGAGGAGUACACAGUCAGCCUGGUGGCACUCCGAGACCAAGGUCGGAGUCAGCCCUUUACCGCCACCGUCACCACACUGAUCGACGGCCCCACUCAGCUGAUUGUGCGCGAUGUGUCAGACACGGUCGCAUUCCUCGAGUGGACGCCGCCAAAAGCCAAGAUUGAUCAAAUUGUCCUGCGUUACGGCCUGGUGGGAGGCGAGGGCCCGCGCACUACCUUCCGCCUCCAGCCCACGCUUAGCCAGUACACCCUGCAGGUCCUCCGCCCCGGUUCCCGUUAUGAGGUGUCUGUGAGCGGCGUGAGGGACGGGAACACCAGCGGAUCCAUUUCCAUUGAAUUUACAACCGAGAUUGACGCGCCCAAGAACCUGCGUCUCAUCUCCAAGACCUCCACCAGCCUGGAGUUGGAAUGGGACAACAGUGAGGCGCAGGUGGAAGCCUACCAGGUGGUGUACAGCACGCUGGCUGGCGAUCAGUACGAAAAAGUCAUUGUACCACGAAAUGAAGGCGCAAGCACAAAGACCACUCUCACUGACCUGCUGCCCGCCACCGAGUACGGUAUCGGCAUUUCUGCCAUGAGAGGCAGCAACCAGAGCACAUCGGCCACUAUGAACGCCAGGACGGGUCUGGACGUGCCAAUGGAUCUUACCGUGACGGCAUCUACAGACAACAGCAUCACCCUGAUGUGGGGCGUGGUCCAAGGCCCCAUUGACUUCUACAAAGUCACCUAUACGUCCUCCUCGGGCGCGACUACUGAGUUGACUGUGCCAAGAGGCGAAAGCACCGCCACUUUGAGCGACUUGGAACCCGGGACCGAAUACACCAUCACAGUGGCAGCAAAGAGGGGGAGACAGCAGAGCAACGUGGCUUCCAUAGAUGCCUUCACAGGGAUCAGGCCCGUUUCCCACCUGUACUUGUCGGAGGUGACUUUCGACUCGGUGCUGGUGGCGUGGAGCUCGCCGGCGCCGCCCGCUGAUGUCUUCAUCCUGAGCUACAGCUCAGCCGAUGGCAGCGACACCUCCAAGGUGACCCUGGAAGGCUCCAAGACGAGGUCGUUGGUGCAAGGGCUGCUUCCCUCCACUCACUAUACCAUCAGCCUAUUCACAAUACAGGGGGACGUCACCUCCGAUCCCAUUACGGCGUCCCUCACGACAGGUAUGGACCCACCCAAGCAGAUGACGGUGUCCGCCGUGGCCGAGGACAUCGUGACCAUUUCGUGGAUCAAGCCGCUGGCUCCAUUUGAAUAUUAUAAGCUUUCCUACCAGUCAGCCCGAGGUCGAGUGGACAGCGUUGUGAUUGACAGCGACGUGACCAACUACACUUUGUCCGGUCUCUUCCCUGCUACCGAGUAUGAGAUCAGUCUGAACGCUGUCAGGGGGAGCCAGGAGAGCAAAAUGCUCAGCGCCUCGGUCUUCACAGCGAUGGACAUGCCGUCAGAAUUGAGCGCACUCAACAUCACUCCGCAAGGAGCCCUGCUGAGGUGGAACCCGCCAAUGUCCAACGUUGACAAUUAUGUGCUGACUCUCACGCACAACCAAGUGACAGCUGAUACAUUUCUGGUGGAGGGCAACAAGCAAGAGCACCAGCUGUCCAAUCUGAAGCCCAGUACGUCCUACUCGGUAGCCCUCUAUGCUACCAAAGGACCCCUCACCUCCGGCACCGUCAUCGCCAACCUCCAAACACCGAUGGAUGCACCUCUGAACCUGACAGCCAGCGAAGUGAAUCACCGCAGCGCUCUCAUCUCCUGGCAGCCGCCCAGCUCUGAAAUCGACAACUACAUGCUCACCUACAAGUCAGCCGACGGCAACCGUAAAGAGCUGAUUCUGGACGCAGAGGACACGUGGAUUCGCCUGGAAGGUCUACCCGAGACCACCGAGUUCACCGUCAAGUUGCAGGCAGCGAGGGGUCUCGACACCAGUGCUGUGGUCUCCACCACCUUUACAACAGGGAGUCGGCUGUUUGCCACGCCUCAGAAUUGCGCCCAGCACCUGCUGAAUGGCGAGACGCUGAGCGGCGUCUACAGCGUUUACAUCAACAGGGACCCCAGCCAGGGCGUGCAGGUGUACUGUGACAUGAGCACGGACGAAGGAGGCUGGAUUGUGUUUCAACGACGUCAGAACGGCCUGACGGAUUUUUCCAGGAAGUGGAGUGACUAUCGUGUUGGCUUUGGAAACCUCGAGGAUGAAUUCUGGUUAGGUUUGGACAACAUCCAGCGGGUGUCGGCUCAGGGCCGCUACGAGCUGAGGAUCGACAUGAAGGACGGGCAGGAGUCGGUCUUUGCCAAUUAUGAUAAAUUCUCCCUGGGAGAUGCCAGGAACCUCUACAAGCUCAGGAUAGGAGAAUACAAUGGCACCGCUGGUGACUCCUUGAGCUACCACCAAGGCCGGCCCUUCUCCACCAAAGACAGAGACAACGACAUCGCUGUCACUAACUGUGCCUUGUCCUACAAAGGAGCCUGGUGGUACAAGAACUGCCAUCGAGCCAACCUCAACGGAAAGUACGGCGAGUCCAGACACAGUCAGGGAAUUAACUGGUACCACUGGAAGGGCCACGAGUUCUCCAUUCCCUUUGUGGAGAUGAAGAUGAGGCCGUUCAACUUCCGCAGCAUCAGCAGCAAGAGGAGGCGCUCGGCUCCAGUAUAGAUGCCGAUCCGAGCGGGGCGGGGGCUGCCGCAAAGGCCAGGCAGAGACGGACGGACAUGGUGAACAUUUCAUUGACCAAAAUCUGUGUACCGUUGGUUCUCUUCAUUUUGGAUUGGCACUCCAUCUAUUCGCAAUUGAAUAUGGAAAGAAUGAAUGAUACGUGGAUUUUUGGAUGUGAAAGGAAAGCGACAAGUGGUUGUCAAUCUGAUAAUAGCAUCAGAGGCAAACACGGUCUGACCUUGGUUCGUCUCCGCCUGGCAUCCACGGAGAGCCGUCCGUCUUCCCCCCCCCCCCAACCAACCAACCAACCAACCAACCAACCAACCACCCCCGCUGUCCUGUCCUUCCUCCCAGGAGAUAAAGACACUGUAUGUAAUUUAUUCGACUCUUUGAAUGAGAAAUUUUCUGCAAAAAAACAAAAGCAGUAACAACCAUGCGCCAUUUUAUCCAUUAACAAUAACACUUUUAACACUAAUACGAUAUGACAACAAGAAAGGCCGUUACUGUAAGAUAUAUAAAUCUAUUUUUAUAACUGAUAUUGUGGCAGAGAUCCAUCCGUAUUUGAUUUGAUGCCUUUUCGAUAUUCGAUUCAUGUCAACAGGACAACAAAAGGCUCUUUUAGACAGAUUUCCAGGUUGAACAAAAUGUGCCACCUUUCCAAACCAGGAUGUGAUCAACUUGUAAGGAAAGAAUCAUCUUUUCUUUUCUUUUUUUUUUCUUUUCUUUUCUUUUCUUUUUAUUGGAUCCUCUCCAGUCCUUGAGUUGUCCUGCCUUUCUGGAUUGUAUAUAAAAUGUCGGCUCAAACGAUCUCUGUGUAAAAGAGGCAAAAGAAGGCCGGAACAUUCAAGUCGGUGCACUUUCAUUCUCACCUACUUUAUUCCUGUUUGACUCAUUCCUCCGCUACAAUAGAAGCUAUUUGUGUUCAUGAUCAGUAUGUUGAUCUUUUGUUCUGUGUUUAUUGAAUUGACUUCAUUUUUUUCUCUAGUUGUGGCUUUUUAGUUUAGUUUCAAGCAAAGUACGUGAGUGUUGUAUCGUGUUGUAGUGAUGAUGGUUUGAAUACCAAAGAUGUGAGAGAUGAGAGAAGAAGGAAGCUGGACAAAAAGACCAAGUCAGAAAGUGGACACAUUCUUGACAUCAAAUAUUUCAAAGGGGCAUUUUGAUCUGAAUUGGAAAAGCUUUUGUGGUUUGUGUGCAUCAAAAGGACCGAGUGGUAGGAGCUCAUUUCACAAUUUUUGUCCAGAAAAACACUGUUUUGCAUCAUAUGUUUCCUUUAAAUCCGCAACAUCCCUUUUUUUUUUUUGACUGAGAAAAACUCCAAUUUUGACACCACCAUCGCGAACAUACCUAUUUGUUUUAUUUAGCGGUGUUGACGUGAGGAUACCUCGCCGCCUCUUUUCGAAGCAGCAAAAAGAACCACCAGAUUUGCGCUCUUGCAGUCAACAGCCACCGCAACUGCAGUUUCUCUUAGGGCACCUUUGCCAAUCUGGCUGGCUUCAAGUGGUUUGUCCUAAUAGUCGCUGGGGACAUUUCUCUUACUUACCGUGAGAGUAGCUCACCUUGUGUGUUUAUUGCAUUAACCACUUAGAUGGGCGUCUUUUGGAACAAAGGGAACCUUGAAUGUUUUGGGGAGAUGGAUGGAUGGAUGGAUGGAUGGAUGUCAUGUCAUGUCAGACUUGAGUAGAAAAAGUGAAGACUGUCUUUGAUCCAACUUUUUAUUUUACUCAUUGAAGCUUCUAGUUUGAAAUGAGAGCACACAGGAAUAUGACUCCGUUUGUUUAUAAUUCCCACCAUUUCACUUUAUUUUGUAUUAGACUGAUGUUGAAAGUGUAAUCUGUCCAAAACAGCAGUUUGAUUUCAACAGAUACGUAUUAAAGUGACAAUUCAACAAAUCAAUAUUACAGACAUUUUUUUUUGGGGGGGGGGGGAUGUUUCUAGCAACUAAAACAAGGCAGCAGUCAGGCAGUUCAUACUAUGAAACACAAAACACUUCUCGCUCUCUAAGCGUCAUUUCCUUUCAGUUGACCGCAAAAGUGGGUGGAAAAAAACCCACCAUCUCUCAUCUCCAUAGCAGCGUUCACCUUUUGCUUCUGCAGAUGAACUUUUGUACACUCUUGUGUGAUACUGUACCUGACACUGGAUUUCAAAUGUUCCCAUGUAAAUGUAAUAGUUUGGCAAAAUGUACUGUUGCCUGUUCAAAAAAAGAAAUGCUGAUGAUGAGAUUCAUACUGAAAACUUGCCAUUUGUUGUUGGAUACCCUUGAAUAUUGCUGUCAGAUUUUAUUUCUAGUUUGACAUAAACAUGUACUAUAUAGUUCCUUUUUAAUACAUUUUCUACAUAUUAAUAAAAUAUUCAAAUAGUCAA